AUUGUUGUAUAUUGGUUUAUGAAUCAAUACAAAUAUAAAAAAGUGGAUAAAAUCCGAAUAUUUUCAGAAAUGUUUGAUUCAUAAUGAAAUAUUGCUGUUUUCACCUCGCACUGCUGAUUUAAACUGAGCUGCGUUUGUUUUGUCUUAUUUUACCUUUUAUUUUAAACGUUACGCAAUGACACGACUCCUCUCUCUGAUUGGCUGGGCGCCCUGUCAAUCUCCGCUGCAGCGGCCAAUCACAGCGGGCGGCAGGCGAAUACGAACUGGCAGCCGCCAUGUUGUGCCUCCGGGGGCCUGGAGCGACGUCCGGUAGUAAACAGUAGAUGACGUUACCGCCCGGCAGUUCACAGGAAACGGACCGCAGCUGGAAGCGAUGAGCCGUCCGUCCUCAGCCGGAGCCGGAGCCGGAGCCGGAGGUGGAGGACUCGGGGCCGGGAAAGCAGGCGGAGGAAAGCACGGGGGAUCGGGAGGCGCCGCGGCCGCAGCAGCAGCGGCAGCAGCAGCAGCAGCCGCCGCGGCCGCAGCAGCAGCGGCAGCAGCUGUCGGUGUGGGCUCCGUGGCCGGGCUGGGGUCUGCUGCCCCGUCCUCCGCUGUGUCCCUGACCUCGGCCAGCCUGCCCGGGCAGUCCCCGGAGCUCAUUGCGCUGUUCGAGUGUCCGGUAUGCUUCGAUUACGUCCUGCCGCCCAUCCUGCAGUGCCAGGCGGGUCACCUGGUCUGCAACCCGUGCCGCCAGAAGCUGAGCUGCUGCCCGACCUGCCGAGGCCCGCUCUCCCCGAGCAUCCGGAACCUGGCCAUGGAGAAGGUGGCCUCCACGCUGCCGUUCCCCUGCAAGUACUCGUCGGCCGGCUGUCUGCUGACUCUUCACCACAGCGAGAAGCCCGAUCACGAGGAGGUGUGUGAGUUCAGGCCGUACACCUGUCCGUGUCCCGGGGCUACCUGCAAGUGGCACGGCUCGCUGGAGGCCGUCAUGCCUCACCUGAUGCACGCGCACAAGUCCAUCACCACGCUGCAGGGGGAGGACAUCGUCUUCCUGGCGACGGACAUCAACCUUCCCGGCGCCGUGGACUGGGUGAUGAUGCAGUCGUGUUUCAGCCACCACUUCAUGCUGGUCCUGGAGAAGCAGGAGAAGUACGAAGGCCACCAGCAGUUCUUCGCCGUCGUGCUGCUCAUCGGCACCCGCAAGCAGGCCGAGAACUUCGCCUACCGCCUGGAGCUCAACGGCAACCGACGCCGGCUCACCUGGGAGGCGACGCCGCGCUCCAUCCACGACGGGGUGGCGGCCGCCAUCAUGAACAGCGACUGCCUGGUGUUCGACACCUCCAUCGCCCAUCUGUUCGCCGACAACGGCAACCUGGGGAUCAACGUCACCAUCUCCAUGUGCUGAGGGAGCGGAGCGGCGUUAACGGCAGACAGAGGACAUCACAACCGGAGACGCGAUGCAGGAUCCAGGGAGGUGUCGGGUUCACCUCCCGUCUCGUUCUGUGGUUAACGGGGACUCCUGUGCCGUCAGCGUCCUGUGGUGUCGGUGACGCAGCUGGAGUCGUUUGUGAGGAAGAACUACGUUUGAAGCGGCUGAGAGACAACUCGAACCAGCAGCCACAGGAGGCCGGCUCCGCCCCGCGUGAUGUCUGUUUGGUGUCUGUCGAAUGACGGGACAGAACGGGUCGUCCCUCGAGUGGGGCGUCGGAGGAAAAGUGGACGGGAAGAGCAUCGGGCGUCCGUCCUUCUCCACUCGAUGGGAAAAAGAGGUCGGGCCUGCUGCUUCGGCCGCCGCCCGUCCAGGCCGGGACAUCUGGGCUGGACCGGGACCGAGCUUUAUUCUCCGAUUCUGAUUAGAGGAAACGAACUAAUUCUUUACCACAGCAGCGCCACGAGCCUCCGUCAGCUCCAUCAGACUUCCUGUCGGCCCGACUUGUUCACAAUGUUCUGGUCUUUGCGGGGCAAAGUUCUGCCCAGCUGCUGUUGUCGGCGAACAGCUCAGUCCGGGUCAGAGUCCAUAUAAACGACGACCGUUGAGGUGUUCGUUAGAUAAAUCGGCUGAUAUAUCGUAUUGGUGUUUAUGUCAGCUGAUCAGUGACAACAAAUUGCAGCACAGAAAUCCCAAACUAGGUGUGAGGUCGUUUAGAAACAGUGUCUUCAUCGUGUAGUUUGUGCACCAGACACAUUUUCACACUGUCCUGCUGUGUGUGAAUCUGUUCUUUAAAAUAACUAUUUUAAAGAAAAGGGAUCCGUAUCAAGAUUGUUGUUUAUGUGUUUAUGUUAAAAAAAAGACUAUUGGCAGAUAUGUCGUUAUCAGCACGGGCCUCAUAAAUCCGGUAUAGGUCGGGCUGUAAUAUUCCCGAAAGCUGCGGUUGUGUCUGUUGUCCUUCACCGACCUUUCUGCACAGACCGUCAUGUUGCCCACCGGUAGCCGAACCCGACCUGCUGCCAUAUUUUUCUACAGAUCCAGUCCGUGACGUCUGUGAGACGAUGUCCGAAAAAUAAAAACACAUCGCAGGAAAUUAAAAAGAAACCAAACAUAAAAAGCUGUGAUCCCUGACUCCGCUGCUUGAAAAAAAGGCUGCUGGCAGUUAAAGUAAAGCAGAAUAAUGUGAACACGCCUCUUCAACUACUUAGUGCUUUAAUGAGCAGAGCGGCGGGCUGAGUGAAGGGUUGCUGGUUCAGAUCCCGGUCUAGAAGACCGGCUGUGGACAGCGUCCAGCAGCGCUUUGUGCACUUCGGUUCACUGCACACUCUCGCACAUUUUGGAGGUCAGUGUUCGACCUCAGCUGAGCUGUUAAUCCUCCAAACCUUCUUUAAUCUCAGAUAAAAGCAGUGAAAUGGAGGAAUAAUCCUCCGCUCGCCCCUCCUGCAGUCUGUUUAGCCGCCAGCGCCUUACGUUUCUACCGCCGACCUCCUCUUCUUCCUGUUCCUUCCCAGGGAAAAACAACUGAGACUCUCUUGCAGAACUGAUGUUAAGAAAGAUGGAUUUAAAAAAAAAAACUGUUCGCUUGUUUAAAGCCACAGCGACACGAUGGACGGACAUUAUUAUCUUUUUAAAGGCUCGUGUGGCAUUGUGGGUAAAAAAAGGUUUCCCAACAUUCCUUGUCUCUAACCUUUGUAGCAACUGACCAGGAAGAAACCAACUUCACCAGAUACCUCUGACCACAGACACGUCUGUAAGUGAACCGCAAACCCCUCAGACCUCGGCGGCGUUUCCUCCGUGUUUGUUGCCUCCGCAGCCUGCACUGUAACUGGGGGGCCUAAAACUAGUUGUGCGUUCACACUGGAGGGUUUAGGUGAUGUGGGCGGGGCCAGAGGCACCGCAUCAUGCAGACCGCAAUCUCUGAACCCAUCGGCUAUCAUCUGACGGCCAUUUAGCCUCUGGGGGCAACGGCCGAUGUUUCGUGGCUUCCGGCGUAGCCGAGACUUCCUCUUCUGUUGUUUACAGUCCGAUUAGCAACUUGAAACGCGAGAAUGGUAUUCUCUGUAAACAGAUACCUGCACGCGAAUGCUAAAUCGCCGUCGGACGAUAGCCGAAGGGUUCCGAGAUUACAUUUCGGCCAAUGAGUCCCGCCUCUUUUGCUCUCCACGCCAACUGUUUACGUGCAACCAGAGCCCGCUCAAACGUGAUUGGUCGGUACUACUCCGACUACAAACGGAAACCAGAACGCUUACCGAUACCAAAAUCAAAUUCAUAUGCAGGCAUCUGUUUAUAGAGAUUAUACAGACCAUAAUAACAAGCAGCCAAAUAGGAAGAAAACAUUCACAUCAGCCUAAUUUUCAGUCCGAGGUGUCGACAAUAUCAGCAGCAAUAAUCUCACAUUUACACAAACAUUCACUUUAAAAAGGAGUUUGUUUAUCUGGUUUCUGUUGUGAACAAACUAAAUCACGUUACAAAUAGUUAAAACAAUAAAAAAAAAGAAUAAUCUCGGAGUGAUGUGUGAAGUCUUUGAUGCAGCUGUAACUGAUUUAUCGCUCGGCUUCGCGGAGCUUCACAGUUUCAGCUCGUUGUUCAUCUGUUGCUGCUCAGGUUCUUCUUCUCUCAGCGCUCAGAGCGUCGCUGCCGGAGAAGAAGAAGCUGUAAAAUUACGGUGGCCGCCAUCUUAAAACAACACAAGCAAAUUCUAAAACAUCUUCAUCAAUUUGACAACACGCGCAGCAUUUAGAAAACACGCUGCAAAUCCAAAACGACAACUCGAGUGUUUCCAGAGGACGCUAAAAAGUUCGUUGUUUCCGUUAUUCCGUUUGAACCGUUUCUCCGCUUUGCGCAGUCCGAUCUGCAGCUCGCGGGAGCAGCAGCUUCAAAGAAAAAGCUUGUAAAACAUUUUCGAAACAGAAAAUGAAGGUAAAUGUGAAGGAGUUUGAAAAGAAAUGUUGGAAAACUGCUGUUUAAUCAGAGAUGAUAACCAGGUUCAUCAGUGGCGACAGACGGACUGCAGCCUGUAACGGACCAAGGACCAAGGAUGAUACAAGGGCCGACUUCGAUAACUUCACGAGUCGCUAACGACAACGAGCGAGUCCAAGCCGUGCUGAGCGACGGGACAGGCCUUGUUGUGAGCAGCUUCAUUUAGGAACUAUUGGCAGAAACAAAACAGUUCCCGCAUGAAGCCGCUCACAACAAACCUGAGGAUUAUCUUCAGGAACCGGGUCCUGGUUUCUGAAAAGAGACGCUGCUGUUGAGUUUUUCAAACGUACGUUUUUGACGCUUUGAGCUCCACGAGCCGAGCGCCACGCAGUCCCGUUAUAUUCAAAAAAUUAUAUCUGCAAAACUCGUCAGCUCACGCCAAAACACUCCAGGUGGAUAAACGGCUCUACAGGUGAGAGGAGACGUGUGUAUUUUUGAUUUUGGGGUGAACUGUCCCUUUAAAAGUCGUCAAAAUUUGUUGGGAAAACUCUCACAUGCACGUCACUUAUUUACAGUGUUUGCUAUCGAGCAAGCUACUCGCUAGCUUGCGAGUACGUUUGGCAUCCCAGCGUUUGGCUGCAAGCAAAACUACUGUCAACAACAGGGGGAAGUCAUGCUAACAUAAGCUAGCAAGUGAAUUGCCUUAAAGAGUUAAGCUAAUGUUUACUAUCAAGCUAAAGAAGUUUCUCUCACAUGCACAGAUCGUAUUGUGGUGUCAAUCCUUGACCUGUUGUCUGUUAGCUAGCGAGCUAACUAAUUAACAUCUUAGCUAGGAUACAUUAGCUUGCUAUAUAACGUUUGUUUUCUAGCAAGCUAGUGUAGCUUAGCCAAGACAUUAGUUAUCUAGCUAGCUAACAAGCGACAGCUUUUACUGUCACAAUACAUCUUUCAUGUGACAAAAAUUAAAUACGUGACUAUUUAGUGUUUUUUUUUAUUUUACAUUAACUAUUUUUUAAUAUUACUGUGAUUUAAUAUUACUGUAAGGGAGGAAUGAUUGGUUAGUGAACUGCAAAUCAUUGUUUUUUUGCUGCUUCAGCAAACUUUAAAGCUACAUUGAUUAAGUAAAAUAAGAUCCUUCGUGCUCCUAAAUGCUUCAUUUUCAUUUUCGGGGUGUUUGAUGCACUUGCUCUUGGAUGUAAAAGUUGUCUUGGGACAAAAGGCGUACUUAAAUCGGAUUGCCGGAGUUUCGUGACUGCAGUGUGAACGCACACCUUUUUAUUUUCACCGCGGAUUAAUAAACGCAGAGGAGACGCCGCUCUCUGUUAAUCGCUUCCACUUUACAACCCGCCGACUUUCUACGAAAUGUUUUAAAAUAUUGUAAAUGAAGUUAUAAUGACAGUAUAUUUUCUAAAAACAAAGGCUGCUUCAUGUAUUCCUCGUGCUAAUGUUGACACGUGUUAUCGUGCGUCGUCUCGGCUGUUCAGAGUCAUUUUUUUUUUUAAGCUGUUUCUGUUAUUCUGCUGUUUUGCUCAACUGUCACAACUCAACAUCUGUACGGAUACAAAAUGAAAGACAAGGGAAGAAAACCAGGGACCAGGACUUCACAAAAUACUGCUCACGUCUUCCAAAACGUGCAGAAAUAUUUGAUUCGUAGAGUAGCGAAGCAGGAGGUGCGUUCAAGUCCUGGAUGGGCAUGAAACUCUCCUGUUGACUCGUCAGAACAAAACACAAAUGUUAGCUACAAGAAGCCUGUGGACAUAAGAACUGAAUGAGAGAAGUCAACUACGACUCCCAAGGUGCAUUUCACUAACAACCAUCCAAUCACAGAGCUCCAUUCUGUUAAACGUGCCGCUAACGGCGAGCUGAAGCUAAAUUACACUUUGUAGAAACCUGAUAAAACAUUCAGCAGUUUUGGAUUGAUUUGGUAACUAAUAUCUCCAUAGCAACAGCAGCUGAGGCUCAUGGGUAUUGUAGUAUUUAAAGUCAUCCACCAAAAAAAAAAACAAACAAACCCUGAUUUCUCAGAAACAAUAAUUAAAUAUAAUUAAAACUCAUAAUCCGAACAUAAUUAUCCAGAAGGGAAAAUGGUUUGGUUUUUGCAUUUGUCAUCAUCACGUCAAACAUCCUCUUUUGCUAACGAGGCUGUCAGUUGGUCUAAUUACUGCUUUAAUCAGCUGCCGUUAUUAAUAUGAAAUGUUUAUUUGACAUUUCACUUUAUUUUACAGGUCUUUUAUUCCAGGAUUACUUCCGAGGCGUACUUCCUGGAAAGAACCAUUUCAUUUGGUGAUAAGUAAUUGCAGCUAAAACUGAGAUGGUGGCAACUUGGGAAGCUGUGAACAUGCCAAAAUGUCAAGUUUGUCUACAGGAAAACAAACAUACGUUUUCAUAAUAAAUGAAUAUUUACUUUAAAUGGAGCUAUUCCUUCAAGUAAAUUCAUAUUUUCCCCAAAAUUAGCACAAAAUUACACCGUUCUGUCCAGGAAACGUCUCGAAAAUGAUUCCUAAAACACAGACCUGUAAAAUAUAGUGUUACCAAAAAUGUGUGUGUUUGGCUUUAAGAAGAUUAAUAUUUUCCUCAUUAAUAUGUGAAGAUCAUCAGCUCUGUUUCUGUUGUGGCAGCAGGACAAUAAAAAGCUCAAAUCCACUGAAACUAAUAGAAAGUUAAAUUCCUUUGUUCUGUGUUCUGCUCGGUUCUGUGAUGUUUCUGUAAUAAAUGUUUGUUUCUCUG